AUGAAGUUCCACCUUCAAAGCGUGCUCUUAAUGGCACUGGACGUGGUUAAAGGGCCUUACCUCAGUUGCUUUGCACCAGUUAACCCAGUUGAACAAGGAGGGGACGACCAACCUCGUGAUGUACAAGGUGACGUAAACAAGGAUAGCAGCAGGAACAAAGACAUGUUGCACCUUCCAACGAAUGCUGGCCGUUUUAAAGCAUUUAGCGAUGUCUUUGUGCCGAAAUCUGAGUUCUGCCGUCGCGUAAUGUGCCUGGUGGAAGCUGAGUCCGGAAUCCUGUACUUGUUUUAUCCAGAAGAGAUAUCUGGUGUCCACUAUGAACGAAAAACAUUGCGGUACACACUGUGCUUCGCCUUUGCCGUUGACACCAAUCUUGUCACGGCUACUGCAGCGACGGUAGAGCGGCUUCUCCGACCGUAUAGCUUUGUCUUGACGAGAAUCGUAGAGGGGCUUCGCGAAGCGGAGCAGCGCUCCGGUUACAUGUCUCGCGGCCUUUCCCACAGGCUUUCUACGCAUUGUCCCAGCCGUGGAGAUUGCCAACAGCAGCAGUCGAAAAAUGACCUGAUCGGCCAGCCCUCUCGCAGUGAUUUUCACGAAUAUGGUGGUGGGGUAAGUGCUGAAAUACACAGCGUGGUAGGUACAACGUCUUUUGCUUCCCCACCAACCGGGGACGAAGCGCUCUUUAGGUAUGCCAAGGGAACGUCACGGGUCAACGUUUUCUUAACACCACCUCAGGAUUCCUCCGGGAUGCAGUGGACAUCUCUCGAGGCGCUAAUGGGGGAACUCUUCACGUUUUUAGGAACUGACCCAAAGGAGGGUGAAACUAAGUGCCCGCGACCAUGGGCGACAGAAAAUACCGUUUCCUUAAGGUUGUGCGAAACGUUCUUCAUUCCCGUGGGUCACAGGGCGCCACCCCAUCUACCCCAGCAGCACGCCCUCGAUGAAGUGCCCGUUCCCGUAGCCGCGUAUGAGCCGGAGGUAUUUGAACACGUGGAUUUAGUUAUGCACGACGUUUUUAGGAUUGUUGAUGGGAGGCGUACAAUUCGCCAAAUUGUACAGGUACUCGCUGCGGAGUGCGAACGGUACGAAGACAGUGAUGAGCUACUCCAAAGGCAAGGACGUAUAUUUUCUCCCGCAAGCAGCCAGUGUGCUAUACAUUCGGUAUUCGCGCAUUCGCUGCAUCCUGUGAACUUUCCCGGAAGCAGGAGCGCCCCGGAGGUUGGCGGUCUCGCAUCAUCAACUGCGUCAACAAAUGCACAUCCCAGGGAUGCCUUGAAUACGCAGCGGGCAACCCCUGGGUUGCUCUCCCCGCCGUCAGCAGCAGAUAUAUGUCUUACGUCCCCGUUCCCAAACACAGUAUGCUCUGGUACGUGCUUCAGCGCUCCCACGGUAUGCACGUGGUCGAGAACCCUACAGACGUCCCGGUACCUCCCCGAGCGGCAGAAUGCUGAAGAAGCAGCAAACAACUCCAUCAGCGACAAGCUCAGCGUUUGGUGUGAGUUGGAGUUACUGGUUGUUGAGGCUCUCCAGCACUUGGAGGUGCACAACUACGUGAAGAUCAUUCGACCCAUUAAAAUGAAGUACACCUACUUCGCAACGAACGCACUAUACUCAAUAAUGUCCGACAGAAGCAGUCCUGCACGGCAGCUACUAGGAAAACGUAUGCUUCUUGUGGAAUACAUGUUUCACAAAGAGAAGGGACAACGCACCAGCUUACAGGGCUCCUCAGGCAAUCAGAAGCGACUGCAAGAACUUGCUCCAGAGUACAGAAAAAAUUUGGAGGGUCUCAACUCUGCAACCCGUCUUACCCCGCCACUGGCUCCACUUAGCGCACAUGAUAAGGGAGUUGCGGUGGAUGAUGAAAUAUCCAGGGAACAGCAGUAUCAUAUAAAGCGGGAGCGUUCCAGCGACACUGCUUUGCCGUGUUCCACCUCACUGAGACACAGUUCUACAGAGUGUCUUCAGGAUGGGGAUUCAUCACACGAUGACGUGGAUGUGACUCCAGCCGCGGAAACAAAUCCAGAUAGACAUGAGGCGACCUACACUGAGGUUCUCAUUAACAUGGCAGCUGCCGCGGCUCUCUGUGCGCUCGGUAAAUUCAGUGGCUCCACAAUUUUCAGUGUACAGAGGGAUAUGCAAGGACACCCUCAGUGGUCGAAUGCCUUUGCUAACUGGGAAGAAAGCUGCUGCAAAUCAUUGGUCGAAAUAGCCAUAAUUAACGGUUGGCUGGUUGCUCAAUGA